GAUCUGUACUGCUAUAUAAAAGGGAAAAUGGCUGAAUUCACUUUUGCAUUGCCAAUAUAUUUUAUAUAAACGAUUUUGUUCUUAAUUUACACAACUCGUUAUACCAAUCAUUUGGUUAGAAUAUAUUAUCAUUAAUAAACACUUAAUUAUUUUAUUUCUUUGGUAUUUUAAUAUUUAUUUUUUUAGAAUUUUGUUGGUUGCCUGUAAUUGACGUAAGGGAAAAGAGACGUAUGUCUUUAUGGGUUUUGACGUGGCUAUCAAGUGAUUUUUCGAAAGAAUUAUUCUUACGGAGGUUGCAAAUAGGCUAAGAAAUGUUCUACUUUAAAUCGAUAAAAGUGAUUUGAAACAGGAAUAUUUUUUUUCCGUUAGUUUAUUGAUUGGAAUGAUGCGGUUUGUGUGCGCGGUAAUAUGUUUGUGGGCAAUCGCCCAUGUAAACAGUGAUGAGCAUAACCACGUUUACGGAGACAAUGAAGAGGUGGUGUUGUGGAUGAACACAGUCGGCCCGUACCAUAACCGACAAGAAACAUAUGCAUAUUUCUCGCUGCCCUUCUGCGUGGGGCACAAGGAUACCAUCAGUCACUAUCACGAGACCCUGAGUGAAGCGUUGCAAGGUGUCGAGUUGGAGUUCAGUGGUCUUGACAUCGAGUUCAAAGCUGAUGUCUCGAGCAAACCAUAUUGUGAGAUCCACCUAACAGAAGAGAAUCAGAAAGUUUUUGUGUAUGCUGUUAAAAACCAUUACUGGUACCAGAUGUAUUUGGAUGACCUGCCGGUGUGGGGCAUUGUCGGCGAGGUCGAAGAGAAUGACGGGAACCCGUCCUACUACAUUUGGACCCACAAGAAGUUUGACAUCGGCUACAACGGGAAGCAGAUUGUAGACGUGAACCUGACUUCCGAGAACAAGGCGAAGCUGACGGUCGGUGCCAAAAUUCCGUUCACGUACGAAGUGAACUGGAAGAAAUCAAACGUCAAGUUCGAAGACAGGUUCGACAAGUACCUCGACCCAAAUUUCUUCCAGCACAGGAUCCACUGGUUCAGCAUCUUCAACAGCUUCAUGAUGGUGAUCUUCCUGGUGGGGCUGGUGUCCAUGAUCCUCAUGCGGACGCUGAGGAAGGACUACGCUCGCUACAGCAAGGAUGAGGAGCUGGACGACAUGGAACGGGACCUGGGCGACGAGUACGGCUGGAAGCAGGUGCACGGGGACGUGUUCCGCCCCGCCUCCCACCCCAUGCUGUUCUCCGCCAUGGUGGGGGCCGGCUACCAGGUCACCGUGGUCGUGCUCAGCGUCAUCAUCUUCGCCAUCCUGGGCGAGCUCUACACCGAGCGCGGCUCCCUUCUCAGCACGGCCAUAUUCGUGUACGCGGCCACGUCCCCGGUGAACGGCUACUUCGGGGGCAGCCUGUACGCCCGCAUGGGCGGCAAGAUCUGGAUCAGGCAGAUGCUGCUGUCCGCCUUCAUGCUGCCGGCCCUGGUGUGCGGCACCGCCUUCUUCAUCAACUUCAUCGCCAUCUACUACCACGCGUCGCGGGCCAUUCCGUUUGGCACCAUGGUGGCGGUGACGUGCAUCUGCAUCUUCGUGAUCCUGCCGCUGACCCUGGUGGGCACGGUGCUGGGCCGCAACCUCGCCGGCCAGCCGGACUUCCCCUGCCGCGUCAACGCCGUCCCGCGGCCCAUCCCGGAGAAGAAGUGGUUCAUGGAGCCCGGCGUGAUCGUGGUGCUGGGCGGCGUCCUGCCCUUCGGCUCCAUCUUCAUCGAGAUGUACUUCAUAUUCACGUCCUUCUGGGCGUACAAGAUCUACUACGUGUAUGGCUUCAUGCUGCUGGUGUUCAUCAUCCUGAUGAUAGUCACGGUGUGCGUCACCAUCGUCUGCACGUAUUUCCUGCUGAAUGCCGAGGACUACCGGUGGCAGUGGACUAGCUUCUUAGCUGCAGCUUCUACGUCUGGUUAUGUCUACAUGUACUCCUUUUACUACUUCUUCUUCAAAACUAAGAUGUACGGCUUGUUCCAGACAGCGUUCUACUUCGGCUACAUGGCCCUGUUCAGCAUCGCGCUGGGCAUCAUGUGUGGGACGGUGGGCUACAUGGGCACCAGUGUGUUCGUGCGCAAGAUCUACUCCACCGUUAAGAUAGACUGAGCGUUCACGCGGAACAUCAGCUCACUCUCACGCGGGCGGGGGGGAGGGGGCUCGCUGGAGUCUGUUGUGCCCCGCAGACGGCAGAUUCUGUCCGUUUUCUAAUUCACCGGACAUUUCCCAUCAGAGUAAUCAAUGGUGCAUUUAAAUUCCUCGUGGGGUUGGCGCGACCGUAUCGCGACGUGAGGUUCGUUACGAUGAACUGGCGUGCUCUUUUGUCCAGUAUUAGCAAGGUUUCAAAACAUUUGUGUGUACUUCAAGUGUCUGUCUGUGUAAAUUAAUUCUCUGGACUUGAGUCACUCAAAGAUGUUAUUUCUUGGACCAAGUGCAUGAUGGGAGGUUUCACUUCUAAACCUUGGUUUCUUUCAUUUUUAACAAAUUAACAGACUGCAAUAUUUGGCGAUUGCAAUAGAUUAAAAAAUUUGUGCAAAAUUAGGCCAUAUUCAUGAAAAGACAUUUUCUCACAGGAAAAAGAAUUUUUCCGUAAAUUUUCAUGAAUUCCAAAGAAAAAACUUAAUAAUAACACUUGUGUUUAAUUUAUAACUAAAUGUUAGCUAAUUUUUGGUUUUCUUAGUGAAUAAUUGAUAAUCACAGACAUCAGGAAAUGUAAAUUGUUAGUAACUUAGUCGUAUUCAGCAAUAUUGACCAAGAUCUUUGCAUAUAAAUCCUUGUUUUAGUGCUAGUGUGUGAUUUUUUUCCCAUAAAGCAGUCGUUUGUGGUUUUAACUCUGUGUACCCGUAUGGUGACGUUUAUGGUGUACAUAAUUCUUUUAAUUAUUCUUCUGUAAAAACAAUUUUCAAAAUACAUUAAUUUACAGGCACUCUAAUAAUAUGUAAUUUCAUCGCUCAAAUUAAAAAUGUUACUUUUCACAGCAUAGACAAUAUAAGAAAUGAUCUUGGUGAGGAAUGACAGUCGUAGAAAACAUUUUGCAGUUAUUGUCAACCGGGUACAACCCUAAGUCCCUUGCAGGCGAUUGCUGCUUGUAAGAUUACAUUGUCGCCCAACAAAGGCUGGUACUUGCGGUCAAAAAAAAAAUUUCCAGAAAUGUGUGGCCUGUCUCGAAGCAGCAGAUGCGAAGUCACUCCGCGCUUCAUUACGCUCGUUACGUUGAAGAGCCACAGAGCGAUGACUAAGGUGCCUUCACCGAGACUACUCGGAGGAAGAGAAACGGUCAUGCGGGCCCAUGGUUUUCUCAUCCAACCACGUGCGUCCGAGCUUGGGGAAAUAAGUCGACGUUUCCUUGAUCUUCUUCUGUAUGAUUGCAUUUCGCAACUGCAUGAUUCACGCUGAUCGGCUGAUGAAAAUAAGCUGCGCCAGAUAUUCUGUUCCUGGUAAACCACACAACUACACAACUGCAGCACUGCGCAAAAAUCUGCUGUUUCUGCCUCGCUCGCGGCACAAGCACCUUUUAUUACUUCUCACGCCACGACACUUAUUAUUGGAAAUGGCAGAAACAACAUGGGCAUGAAAAUAAAUUUAAAUAAAAAAAUACAAAAAAA